AUCAAUAAAAACAUAUCCUCGGUGAGGAUUUAAAAAAGAAAAUUGUUGAAUAAUUUCAUUUAAAUAAAUUUAGGUGUCCUUGUUACUCUGUAGGUUUGGGUAAACUGUAGCCAAGUUUUUAAAAAAACCCCACAAAUUUAUAUUGUCAUUUUUCUCAGAGCCACAAUGGACACAGCCAGCCAUAGCCUUGUCCUUCUGCAGCAGCUGAACAUGCAACGAGAAUUUGGUUUUCUGUGUGAUUGCACAGUUGCUAUUGGAGAUGUUUACUUCAAAGCCCACAGAGCAGUACUUGCUGCUUUUUCUAACUAUUUCAAGAUGAUAUUUAUUCACCAAACAAGUGAGUGCAUAAAAAUACAACCAACUGAUAUCCAACCUGACAUAUUCAGCUAUUUGUUGCACAUUAUGUACACGGGGAAAGGGCCAAAACAGAUUGUGGAUCAUAGUCGUUUGGAGGAAGGGAUUCGAUUUCUUCACGCUGACUACCUUUCUCACAUUGCGACUGAAAUGAAUCAAGUGUUCUCACCAGAGACUGUGCAGUCCUCAAAUUUGUAUGGCAUUCAGAUCUCAACAACCCAGAAAACAGCUGUCAAACAAGGGCUGGAGGUCAAAGAAACUUCUUCCAAUAACAAUGGAAACAGAGCUGCUGUCCAGGGUGACCACCCCCAGUUGCAGCUUUCUCUUGCUAUUGGGCUAGAUGAUGGCACUGCUGACCAGCAGAGGGCCCAUCCUGUCACCCAGGCCUUGGAGGAACACCAAAAGCCUCCAGUGUCCAUCAAGCAGGAGAGAUGUGACCCAGAAUCUGUGAUCUCCCAAAGCCACUCAUCAUCAGAGAUGACAGGCCCCACUUUCACCGAAAGUAGUAUCAAAAUUCACUUAUGCCAUUACUGUGGAGAACGUUUUGAUUCCCGUGGUAACCUAAGACAACAUCUUCAUACCCAUGUGUCUGGAUCCCUUCCAUUUGGUGUCCCUGCUUCCAUCCUGGAAAGUAAUGACCUCGGUGAAGUGCAUCCACUUCACGAAAAUAGUGAGGCUCUUGAAUGCCGCAGGCUCAGCUCCUUCAUUGUCAAGGAGAAUGAGCAGCCGCCUGACCACUCAAACCGGGCUACCGCAGAGCCUUUGCAGAUCAGUCAAGUGUCUUUGAUCUCCAAAGACACAGAGCCAGUAGAGUUAAACUGUAAUUUUUCUUUUUCAAGGAAAAGAAAAAUCACCUGUACCAUCUGUGGUCAUAAAUUUCUCCGAAAGAGCCAAUUGCUGGAACACAUGUAUACACACAAAGAUACUACACAUAGCUAUUUCCUGGAGAAAAACAGACUAUUUCAGUAUUUGUCCUUAUUAGCAUAUUGUCAGAACUCAGUAUUUGAUAAGUGCAAUUUGCCUUAUAAGAAAACCAAAAUUUCUUGAUUUAUAUUGUAUCUCUUGAGAUUAUUAUUUCUUGCUCUAAUUUUCUGAUUUCCCAUCUGUAAAGUAGAUAUAAGCAAUCACUACCUCACAGGGGUGCUGUGAGGAUUUGUAUUAAAAUUGUGUUAAGCUCUUAGUAUUAUUGAUAAAAACCAAUCAUAUAAAGAAAACUACGUGUUCUAUAACUAAAUCUGUUAACUUCAGUAUUCCAACCCAUACAUUCUAGAACAUCUUAGAAGCAGUCAUAUACAAUUUAAUACUCAAUAAUUAGUUGACAAUAUCCCUAUUUUUAUUUUUUUACAAAUACUCUAGAAACAAUAUUGUUACCAGAAUUCCUCUUCUACUAUAGUGUAAUUGUUAGUAUUUUUCUUUAGACUUUACCAAGAAGGAUAUUAGUUCUUUUGCAUUUUGGGGAAUAAAGCCUUGCUAAUUGCAGCUGUACUGAAAGUUCUUUCAAAUCUAUUGUUUUUACACCCAGGAAAAGGAAGAAGAAAAUGGUGGAAAUAUUUUUAUUUCUUUGAUGUAAUUCAUCUAAAAACUAGAUGGGGACAAGAAAUGGAGUGGGGAUAUAACAAUAAUUCAUUAUGUUCUAUUGAAAUAGUAUGGGAAAGGCUUCAUUUAAAACUGAAGGAAAUCAUUGUAAUCAUGGAAAAAGAACCUGAAAAUGUAUAAUUCCACUCGUGCCUAUUUGCACAGGCAUAUAUAUUCUUGAUGUUGUAACGGAGAUCAUUGAUAAGUAUCAAUUUUUUGUAGUAAUUGAGGUAAGAGUAUGCAACGUGGGAAGUUUUCAUAAUGUAACUUGUGACUUUGUAUGUUUUAAACUCAAUGUAGUUCUGUGGUAUUUUAUUAGAAUUAAGUUUUAAAUUCAUAGAGUGAAAUCUGUAAAUGAUUAUUCUCUGCUGUACUUCUGUGUUUGUAUGGUUGGACUUUUUGAAAACUGGUGAGAUUACACAAUCCCCAAACCUGAUGUCUUAAAUACAAGGAAUCACACACUGUGAUUGUUGUCUUCAAGACCUUGAAGAAUCCACUGUGCUUCAGGAUGUAUCUGUGCACUUGAUUACUUAGUAGAUACUGCUCCAGUGCAGUUGACAUUAACUGUCAUCUACUCUUCUAUUUUGUGCCAAAUAAAGUUAUUAAAUUAGCUUAGAUAUCAGCUUAAAAUACUUUAACAGAAACUUGGAUUUCAAAAACUUGUACAAGUAAAAAGUCCCAUGGAAGAAAUCUUCAAAUACAAGUAACACAUAACAAAAUGCAGGAGAAGGACAUCAAUAAUACAUUGUAUGAUUGAACUCUUCCACCUAAUGUGCUGUGAUUUGCUUCAGAAACUUAGAAAGUUUUGUAUGGAAUGAAAACAGUGGGUUUCAUGUAUUUUAUCAUGACAAAUAAAUUAAUGUGACUCAAUCAUAAA